AUAGCAAUACCUUUAUAUCGCAACGACGCGAUUCCGAGUUUAUGUUAUGCCAAUUCAAAUUCUGAGAACGAUAUCCCCACUGUCGCACAACUAUCUAACUUUAUGACGUCCCGUGCUCGUUCCUUAUCCAUGACGCUGUAUUUCGUUGUAAUGAUAGUGCGUCAUCCAGGUCUGCAACUAGCUAUCGGAACUGCAAUGGCUGAUAUACUCCUUGGUUGGCAUUCACCAUAUCGAAGACAUUGGUACGAACGCACCUAUCCGCUGAGUUUACCACCUGGCCACUUGGCCCGCCUUGUAUGUGGCAUGGGUCCCAAUACAUGUGCUAAUGGCUCUACGCAGCCUGCUGCCUGCUCUCAUUUGGCAGAUCAGAUUAAUAACCUGUUAACUCCGCGACUCGGCCAAGUUGCCACAAGGCCGGCCACACUAUCUGCUGCCCUUUGGUGUUUAAGUCUCGUUCGCAGAUGGGCGCAGCCCCCACCCCCGUCUCUCGUGUCGCCAAGCCUUCUUAUCGGCCUUCUUGAUGAAAAGGACGGUACGUAG